GUGGCGCAGUCCGUCGUCGUGGACGUGUGGUGCUGGUGGUGCUGGUGCUGGGUGCUGGCUGGUGCUGGCCAGUGCUGGCCGCUGGGACGAGCCGUGUGGUGGUCAGUGGCUGAUAUUUUGGGGAUAAGGUGGCGUCGAUUCCCGCUGGCAUUUGAAACAAAGAAUACUGAAGCUUCACAUUGGACAAGACGGCCCUUUGUGAUCCCGGGCCAGUCAGUUCGACUCCAAUUUUGAAAAAUCAUCAAAAGGAGCGCUGUGUGCCGGCCCCGCCUGCGAUGCCAGUGGCCACGUCCGAGCAGGGCCGCCACCAUGGUGACAAGCCGGUGAUGUCUGUGCCCUCCUCGUCUGCGCCCGUCCUCUUCGGAGCCGAGUGCGGCCAGGCCGGCGCCGCCGCCCAGACCUCCCCGCCGCUCAACAUCAACGUCCUUCACCAGGAGACGCCUCUGUUCGGCGCGCACUCGCCACCGGUGCUGAACCUCUCUCCCGGCCUGAACCCGGUCACCAUGGACGCUCACCAGCGCAUGUCGCCCACCUAUGACGUCAUCAAUGACGAGGUGCAAAGCAUGCAGGCGGCCGCUGCAGCAGCCGCUGCCCAGCUGGGUAGUGGAGGACCUCUCUCCAACCAGGCACUCUUCAACACCUUCCGCAGCGACGACCGAAAGGCCGGUGAGUCGCCCAGUCGCAAACGGCGGCGCAUCUCUCUGAGUGGCCAGCACCUGGAGCUGACGCCGCCGCCGGAGGAGCCGCCGGCCGGAGCGGCGGCCGCCGCGCCGCCGCCGGGCCGCGCCGCGUCGCCGCCGCCGCCGCCGGCCCACAGGCGCCGGCUGUCGUCGGGCCGCCGGCCCCCCGGUGACGGCGGCCGCCACCACCGCAGCCCGCCGAUGCGCCGCUCGUCCCGGUACGGCGGUGAGAUGGGCCGCGGAGUGGCGGCCGACACGGGGCCGCCGCCUCCGCCGCACCCUGGCCACCCGCCGCAGCCGCCGCACCUGACUCACUACGCCACCAGUGACGCCGCCUCGCAUCACAUCCGAUCGCUGCAGGUGCCAGUGCCGAUGCAGCUGGGCUUCACGUCCCAGCACGUGCCGCUCUACUCUGGCCACCAUCAUCUGCCGCUGUGCGGCGCGCCGGCGCACAUGCAGCCGUGCCAGCUGUUCGGCAGCGGGCCCCACUUCGCCGGUACCUGCCAGGUACCGCAGAUGGGCGCCUGCCUGCCGGGCCCGUACGCGCCCUUCCACAGCCAGAUGCCGCCCCAGGCGCAUAUGAACGCCAACACCAUGAACCAGACGCACUUUGCGCCGCGCACACACAUGGCACAGCGGGCCGAGGGCGACUUUCUGGCCGGCCGGUCGGCUAAUCUGGUGACGAUGCCGCGGAUGGUGCCGCUGCAGCAGCACCAGUCGCCGCCGCCGCCGCCGCCGCCGCACCACCACCACCCGCACCCCCACCAGCACCAGCACCAGCACCAGGCGCACGGGCCGCUGCAGAUGCCGCCCAGCAGCGUGCUGCCGCCGGCCGACUCGCGCGCCGCGCAGCUGGAGCUGGCCGCCCACCUGGCCGCCGGCGGCCACCGGCUGCGGCGGCCGGCCGUGCCCAGCCGCCGGCCGCCGCCGCCGCCACCCCCGCCUCCGCCGCCGCCGCCGGCCGCGCCGCUGCCGCGCCGCCACCUGGGCCGCAGCCUGGUGGUGCCGGCCUCGCACGCCACGCCGUACACGCCGUUCCUGCUGCAGUUCCUGGCCAUGCUGAACAGCCCCGGCGGCGUGUCGGCCUACGGGCCCACCGAGCUGCCGACCGGCAACGCCGAGACGGAAAACUACGAGGCGCUGCUGACACUGGCCGAGCGGCUGGGCGAGGCCAAGCCGCGCGGCCUCAGCAAGGCCGAGGUGGACCAGCUGCCCAGCUACCGGUUCAACGCCGACACGCACAACUCGGACCUCACCUCGUGCGUGGUGUGCAUGUGCGACUUCGAGAGCAGGCAGACGCUGCGCGUCCUGCCCUGCAGCCACGAGUUCCACACCAAAUGCGUCGACAAGUGGCUCAAGACGAACCGCACCUGCCCGAUUUGCCGCGGCGACGCGUCCAGCUACUUCGCCGCCUCUUAGACGGCUGUGGGCGGCGCGCGCCCGUCAGUGUGCCUGCCGCCGGGCGGCGCGCCGUUUCCCGUCCUCUGCGCCCGACCACGCCGCCACGCCGCCGCGCGCCCUGCCUUCCUACCCAGCAUUCCACCGAAGAACAUUGCAAUAAUCUCGCCCAUUGUGCGCACCGUAGGACGUCCAGCGCUCUACCACGGCGGCGCGGCCCGCAGGUUCGGCCCGCCGCCCACGCAUAAUAAACCCACGCGCUAAUCACGUCUCCCGCGCUAAGUGUACAAACAGCCUGCUGAGCGUGCGCACUCGCGCGUCCUUGUGUGCGCACACACACGCUCGUCUUUGUGUGAGUGAGUGUACCACGUAACAUCCAUGUAACUCAGGCGCUUUGUCAUGUCGUAUCGCGUUGUGCUCAAGUCGUAGACGCCAAUGGUUUUGUGUGUUUGUGCGUGUGUGUGUGCGCGCGCGCAUGUGUGUUGUGCGCCGCGGCGCCCGCCCGUCGGUGUGCUGUUUUGUUAGGGUCGCCGCUAGCUCCUUGUUACUAGCCGGUGGGUAGUUCGGCGCACGUCCGCCGCCCCCGCCGCCGGCCGGUCUCGGCCAGCGCUCCGCCUCCCGGCGCCCAUCUCCCGUCCGUCUCCCCGCUCCCCGCUCCCGUUAUUUCUGCCCCCGUCCCUCGGCCGUACCGAUCCCGCCGCCGGCCGCUGCCGCUGGCUCGGCCCGUCUGUAUCGAUUAGUUCAGACAAGUCCGCAGGCCGGCGGCCGUCCCUCUCCCGCCGCCCCUUGGCGGGGAGGCCGGCUGUCCAUUCCGUUCGUUUCCUGGUGACCUGAUCCCGUGUCCGCCGUUGGUUGCGUUCCUGGCCCGGUCGUGCCCCCCCCCCCCCGUCCCCGUGCGGCGGCCGGGCCGUGUCUCUCCUCGUCUUCCGUCGUGUUCUGUGGGACCAACAGUGGCCGCGCCGGCGCGGCGGCGGCGGGCCGCCCGCACCCGCUGCACCCGGGCCGCCUGACCGCGCAGCACCGCCUGUGAUCGUCGCUUCUUCGCCUGACUAACCAGAGGCGGCCGUCUGUCCGCGCGGCCCCGGCCGGGCCGGACCGGGCCGAGCCGCCAACCCACCAGUUAUUCGUUGCCACUCGGUAUGAUCUCUUGUUGUCAAGCGUGCCAUUAUAUUCUCUAAAUCCAGUACUGUUACGUGUAUGAGUGCCGCCGUGCAUUUUGCCUGUAGUUGCGUUGACCGGUGCGGCGCCGGGGCGCGGCCGGCGCGCUGACCGCCCCGCGCCCGUCUCGGCGCCCGCCCGGAUUAUUGUAGGCCCACCGGACGGUCCUGAUUUGCCGCCGGGCAGUGGCGCCGUCGACUGUCCGGUGCGCCGCCGUUCCGCGGCGGGCUCGUUACACAGUUCAAUUUACCCAGUUAUCAUAUGCUGUUACGUGACAGUUAUUAGCCGGCGCGCGCGCCCUCGCCCGGUACGCGUCGCUCUUCUACCCGCUGACUAGGGUAGUGCCAUAGGCGUCUGACCAGGCGCCGGCCGCGCCCGCCACUCCCGCGCCGCCCACUCCUAACCUUCGUGUCUCGUGUGUCUUUACCAGCCAUGUGUCAAGUGCUAGCCAGAUAAUUGGGCAUUGGGACGUUCGAAGGAAGUAGAAUGGCUUAAUUCAUCCACAAAUUUUUCCAUUAAGCAAUCCCAUCAUGUGUAUUGUGCCUCAACUUUGUUAAAAUAAAUGGUGUGAAAACAAA